CUCGACUGCGGGAAGAGCCCCUCAAAAGGGUAAAAAAAUGACCCUCAACAACGUUACCAUGCGUCGCACCAACAACAGUGGCCUGCAGCAGCAGCAGCAGCGAUGGAGCAUCCCUGCUGACGGAAAGCACCUGCUGGUCCAGAAGGACUCCAACGAAUACAACGCGCAGAAGCGAUACACCAUCAACCCUGAUGAUUACUACAGGAGAAGCUGGUCCUCGGAGUCAUCCGACUCCGUCAUCUCCUCCGAGUCUGGCAGCAAUUGCUACCGGGUGGUGCUGAUCGGGGAGCAUGGCGUAGGCAAGUCAUCGCUGGCCAACAUCUUUGCGGGGGUGCACGACAGCAUCGACAGCGACUGCGAGGUGCUGGGAGAAGACACAUAUGAAAGAACCCUGAUGGUGGAUGGUGAAAGCGCAACCAUUAUACUGCUGGACAUGUGGGAUAAUAAGCGCGAAGGAGAAUGGAUUCGAGACCACUGCAUGCAAGUGGGAGAUGCCUACUUGAUUGUCUACUCCAUCACAGACCGAGCAAGCUUUGAGAAGGCCUCUGAACUCAGAAUACAGCUCCGCAGGGCACGCCAGAAAGAAGAUAUCCCCAUUAUUUUGGUUGGCAACAAAAGUGACCUUGUCAGGUGCCGCGAAGUUUCAGUGGCAGAGGGCCGAGCGUGUGCCGUCGUGUUUGACUGCAAGUUCAUCGAGACCUCGGCCGCUGUGCAGCACAACGUCAAAGAGCUCUUCGAAGGCAUYGUGCGACAAGUCCGACUCCGGAGGGACAGCAAGGAAAAGAACGAGAAGCGCCUGGCUUACCAGAAGCGAAGAGAGAGCAUCCCCAAGAAAGCCCGGCGGUUCUGGGGCAAAAUCGUUGCCAAGAACAACAAGAAUAUGGCCUUCAAACUCAAGUCCAAAUCUUGCCAUGACCUAUCGGUACUUUAAGAACGUUGGACUCUGCCAGAGUUUGUGGUGUUAUGUGGACAUUGUGUUGUGGGAAAUAAUCUAUAUUAGAUUGGGCUAUAAAAACGACAUAGAUUCACAGCUAUGAUUGUGAUGAGAAGUGCUGGCAUAGGAACAGCACAGUGCAUGGAAGUAUCUCUCUUUCUCUUUUGUUGGUAGCUUUAAAAGAAAAGUAUAGACCAGAAUGACCCAAAGUUAUGCUGGGAAGCAUUCUGGAAAAUACCUGUUUUUUUUCUCCUGUCACCUUUGGAUAAUAGCGUAAGAACCUCAAACCAUCAUGACUUGGGAAGUGAAUAUUAUUCUCUUUACUCUUUCUUAUUAUUUUUUUGAAAACCAUGUAAAGAAGUGAGGAACUGACUGGGGAUUGGCUCUGUGCCAAUUGGCUGGUCAGGCUUAAGCACCCACAGCUGAAAACGCUGCAUAUUUUGUAAAAUAGACACCAAGACACUUUUUUUUUUAAUUUU